GCGGCGCCGCUCUGGAAGCGCGCUCGGCGCCGCGGCCCCAUUGUGGCGGUCGGGGGCGUCGGGCCGCGCCGGGCUGUGAGAGCGGCCUGUGGCCGCCAGGUACCGCGGGCCGCGCGGCUGAGCAGCACGGUGAGGCGGUUGUGCGGGCUGCCAUGAAACAGCCCCUCAGAGCCCUGCGCUGCGGAAGGGGCUGUCACCCCCGUGUCUUUCACAGGGGAGAUGGAAAAGAAACCGCAUUUCGUGAAAAGAGACUUUCCUCCAAGGGAGGCGCCUUCGCUGCUGCUGGCGCUGCUGCUGGUGGCGGUGCUGCUCCUGAACGCCCUGCUCUACCUGUACCUCGGCAGCCUGCACGGCUCUUCGGGCCGUGCCGACACCGAGCCCAGCGUCUGCCCUUACGGGUCCUUCAGACUAGGGCCGGUGAAAAACUGCUCCCCUUGGCUCUCCUGCGAAGCCAUCAAUAGGGAAGUCAGAAAACUCAAAUGUGUUGGCGAAGGAGCCGUGAAAAAGGUCUUUCUUUCUGAGUGGAAGGAAAACAAAGUGGUCAUUUCACAACUCACCAAACCAGAGCUGAAGGAGGACUUUCUCCACGGACUGAAGAUGCUGAAAGCACUACAAAGCAAGCACGUUGUCCGACUGCUUGGCUACUGUGAGGAGCAGUUCACACUCCUCACCGAGUACCAUCCUCUAGGCUCCCUGAGGGGUUUGAAUGAAACUCUGCGCAUCCCCAAGUAUAAGAGCAUGAACACUUGGCAUCGAAGGCUGAUGCUUGCUAUAGACUACGUGAGCAUAAUUCGCUACCUGCACAGCAGCCCUCUGGGCACCUUAGUGAUGUGCGAUUCAAACGACCUGGACAAGGUGCUCUCGCAGUAUCUUCUAACAAGUGACUUUCACAUCCUGGUGAACGAUUUGGAUGCUUUGCCUCUUGUGAACAGGAGCGCUGGCAAGCUGGUGAAGUGUGGUCAUCGGGAGCUCUGGGGCGAGUUUGUAGCUCCUGAGCAGCGUUGGCCCUAUGGAGAGGAUGUGCCAUUUGAUGAUGACCUUAUGCCCCCAUACGAUGAAAAAACAGACAUCUGGAAAAUCCCGGAUGUCUCCAAUUUCUUCUUGGGCCACGUUGAAGGCAGUGACAUUGUGCGACUGCACUUGUUUGAUAUCCACGCGUCAUGUAAGAAGAAGGACCCAGCUGAAAGACCUUCUGCCCAGGAGAUCUUAGACACCUACAAGAAAGUUUUAACUCUGUUGAUUCGGGAGGCAGCCAUGCCUGGUACUAGGGAAAUGUUAUAGCGAAUCAUGAGACAAACAGUGGACUGAAAUUGAUGUUCUUAUUCAUUUAGCUUUCCUGAAGGGCAAAAUCUCUGUCCCCUCAACUGAGAAGAUAAAAACAACUGACUUUGUACUUUUACCUUCUGAUUAAAAAUUAUCUACUCAGCACUGAGGCUGUGCGCCUUUCCCACUGGCAUGUUUAAUCUAUCACUGCAAGAAGAGGGAGAGAAAUUAAGUUUUGUGAACGGGGGAAAUUUCUCAAGAAAUAGAAUUUUUGUUUUGCAACAUUUACAUAAAAACUCCCUUUUCAAACACAAAACAUUUUUGCACAGAAAAAGAGGGGUUUUUUUUAGAAAAAGAAAUACUGUCCUGCUUAAACUAACUGGCAGAGGACUGGUGAGCAGAGACUAUGACAUGCCCUUAUCAAGCUCUGUGCUGAUUCCAGUGGCUUUGGCCUAUGUCUUAUCCACAAAGUCCUCACCCACUUCCCUAUGGAGUAAAAGCAGUGGUCACUCCAAAAUGAGUAUCUCAGUUCUGUUCAGGUUUUGGUGAGCCCUGAUGCCUCAUUCCCAACCACCGUGCCCAGCCUCCCUGCUGGAUGGGGAAUAGGCUGCUUUCGGAGCCAUUGCUCUGUGGUCCCCAUAUCCCACUGAACAAGCAUGUUGCUAUUCUGUAGGCAAGCAAAUGAUACGGAGACGGCUUAAAUAUGCAUGGUCUUGGUUUUCAAACAUUUGCCCCUAUAGCAUUCUCAGCAAGGUUCUUUGGAGAUGAGGGUCCAGGAGUCCUCUUGCUCUUUUUUAAUCCAUAGAAAGUGUGAGCGCUUCAGAGGAGAGCUAAAGUGUAUCUUUUAUUUGUAUUCAUCCUAUCCCGUUUGCACUCACUUUUGUGUUCUCCGAAUGUCAUGGACUGAUGGAAGGAGGAAGAACAGGGAAUGGGAAGAGAAUGUGACUUCCUUCCACAGCAAAUUGUGUGUUGGAGAAUAAAAGCCUUACAUUCAGAGUAAACAACUCUGUCAGGCCUGAAUUCAAAAUGUAUUCAUCAGGAAAAAAAAAAAGGCUGUUUCUUUGUUCCAUGAGUUUAGGAGAAAGCUCUUGGUACCAAUAUGGAUGUUACAGCCUGUAACAACAGGUACCAACCGCUGGAGAAAGAGAAUCACGAUGCCUCAACUCUGCAGUAGGCCCUGUUUGAUGAGACUGGGAUUUAGUUGUUCUCUUGGUGGAAAAAAGAAUAGGAAUACUGUGAAUGAGAUGUGGACUCUACCGUUAGUAGAGGACUUUCCGUACCUUCGACUAGUUCUCUGGAAGGCCUAAGGGCCUGAAACAGCUUUCAUGUUGUCUUUACUUGAGAGGCGAGUUGCAGGCAGAGAAGUAAGCCGUCCUUUCUGCUGAAGAGUUUGUUUCUGUUCCUUGCCACACUGGUAGCCCUCUUCAUCUAAACAAUCUAUGUUAUAACUGACCUGAGAAAACGGGUUUUUUACUUGUGUUCAACUGCAUGUGUUCUUUUGCUAUCAAAAUUUUAUUGUAAAUGAGAAGACUGCCCUGCAAAUGACAAAAUUCCUAUCUGAUUUCUUACAAUGCCAGUAGGAGUUCUUUCAAAGCUGGUCAUUAUGGUUUUCCAUUCCCAGUGGCAGUCUAUUUUCUUAAUUUAUCUGAUCUUGCCAUUUUCCAGCUGUGGAGUUCUAGCCAGCAGACCUCCUCCUGGCAGCUUUCCUGUUCGUAUUGUCAGAAAUCAAAGCUCUAAAACAGAGCAGUGACUUUGGAUACUUCAUGUGUGUGUUUUGGACUUCAGUUCAAAACACCUUCAAGAAAGGUGUGUAAAAAAAAAAAUGCCGUCUCUGCUGUAAUUGUGUAAUUCAUCCCAUGAGUUAUUAAUAGGGUUAUCCAGAGUUUUACAGUUCCAGCAUGAAGCUAGGAUGUGCAAGGGUUGGAAAAGCGUCCUGUUGUGGCUCUUGAAAGCCAGGGGUCAAGCUCUGAAUGGACAAGAGGCGGAUCCUUUGCUUAUCCCCACAGCAGCAUUUGUUACUUUUUGUUAGCCCUUACGUGUACUCGGAAGGAAAAUCAGCAUGUGAUGCCUGCAAAGUAAACAUACCAUUUGUCUUUUAUGGCAGUAGCAAGGACAGUCGAGAAGAACCUGCCAAGGUUCUCAUGCUGGUCUCUCGCUGCUUGGAUUCUUCUCUGCUGUGUGCUACUGCACCUUGAAAGCAACCAUAUGAAUUUCAAAGAGUGAAAAAUAAAUGGGGACAAAUUCUGGUUCUGAAUCUUGUCUUGGAGAUGCCUCUGUUCCUGGGUGAAACACAAAUUUUAAAAAAAUGGCGUCUCCCUAACAUUCUGCCUUAACAUUGCGUCCUUCACAUGCCUCUUCCCUGUUCCCUCCUACUCAGCUUCUGUGUUGUCCAAUCUGUAUUUCAGAAUAAAUUACAUUUCUUCUGAACACAGCAUUAAUGGAGCUUUAAGGUGUCUCUUUGGGGAAUGUUGUUUCUGUCUACGAGGGAACACUAGAUGGCAGCAUGAAGGCCAGUUUAGCUUUAGUUAAUAGCCGCUGCAGUCUCUCAUGCUCAAACGUAGCCAGGAUCUGGCCUUGGAGCCUGUGCUUUUCUAACAAAUUUCAAUAUACCCCUAAAAGAUGGCAUGGUGUUUGCAUUAGCAAGUCUGUAGUAACAAGGCAGAUGUAAGAGCUCUCAGAAGAGCCACCAUGACAAAUGAAAGUGCCACCUCCUCUACAUCUUGCUUGUUUUACUUGCAUUUGUUACCAUCCCUUUUGAUGUCAGCCUGGUCCAAGCUCAGCCAAGGCCGAGUGUCACCUCCUCCCAGCCUUUCAGUAAAAUCAGAGCAGUUUGCACGCUCUCCCUCUUUCUGUUCUUCUCAAUUAACCCCUUCCACAAUCUCAAGAUAGUAUGAACCCUGUCCUUCCUUCAUUUCCAGCUUUUCUUCCCUUACUGGAACCUAGCUGAGGCUUUAUGGAAAGGGAAGAGGCGGUCAGUCCUAUCUGCAUUUGUUUCCCUUCUUUCUAAUUCAAUCUGCUGUCUAUUCUGGUUUUCACCAUCAAUGACAGACAUGGUAAACAUUGAAGGGGGUUUUCUGCCUCUCUACAGGCAGUAUUUUUUAUCUGAUGGAAAACAUCAAAGGAUGAGGAGCAGGAACAGGCCUGCUUCACAGUGAAAAACCUGCAAGCUCCUCUCUUCUCAUCCACACUCUGGCUGGCCUGAGGACAGUGCACAUGACUACUCCUGCCAUGACUACUGCCACAGCUCUGCUCUAUUCAACAACACUGCUGGCUCUCAUCCCAAGCUCAAAUCAAGGCACCUACAUUCCUUGCCCUUUCCCACAAAACAUGCUUCUCCUGAACACCUGCCAGCCUUCCUAUUGUAUCCCUGCUCCUCCACCCCAGAAGUCCUGCCGAAGUAGCUGGUCGCACAGAUGCAGGCUCCAGAAGGAGCAAGAUUGCUGCUAGUGCACUUCUCUUGCAGAAGGCUUCUCCAAACCACCUCAGUGGUCAGUGUCAAGACAGUGUCAAGUGUUUACUGGUUUUGUUUGUUUUGAGCUAGAAGUUGGACUUGAUGAUCCUUAUGGGUUCCUUCCAACUCGGGAUAUUCUAUGAUUUAAUGUUUUUUUUUUUUUCCCCCAAACUACUAGGUGACUGAAGUUUGAUGGAGCGUGUUUCGAUUUUUAUGCCAUUGUUUUCAGACUGCAUCCUAAAAGCAGUCCUAUAAUCCCGAAUCCAGGUGAGCGGCCUUUACAGCAAUUCAUCUGUAUGUUUGACGUCCUUAGAUGUAAAACGUAUGGUGUGCAUAUAAAUAUCAGCUGCUAUGUAUGUCUGGAUAAAUGCUGAAGAAAUAAAGUGGGCACACUUGGUUUAAUUGAA